AGUGUGUUUCAGUGGGACGACCGUUCCUUAACCCGGCCAGUAAAAUGUUGGCGUUCACGAGAAACACUUGCGAAGAAGAUGGUUCUUGAAGCACAAAGGUACCUUCAAAUCCGCUCGAAAUCUACUGAAAGGAAGAGAGGAGGGUCCGCACACAAGGGAUACAUGUAAUGAUCAAAUCGUACUUUCCGAAGCUGUCCCACCACAUCAUCAAGAAUGAGCCUAUCAGCCGAAAGGGAGUCCACUAGGCAUGCCUGUCUUAAACCAAUCGCAACGAACUGGAAUUCUACCGCCGUUUUGCGAAUAGCAUCCAAAAAAACACGCCGCACCCGUCCAGAGGCGGCUCCCAAACUGUUUCUGAGCGCUGAAACGAUGUGCUCGAAUUGGGCUUCACGGCUGUUGGAUGAAGACAUGAUUGAUGUCCAAUUGGUUCCCACGCUCCGGCGUCAAAUGUUGACCGAGGUCAACGUCCAUUUGUUCAAAAUUCGUACCCGCAGCCUUUCCCGCUCCCGUUGCGCCGUAUCGGGCCAUAGUUCAAACAAAAAAAGGGAGACUCAUCUUUUCUCGAUGCCUUCUUGGUGCCACAAGAUUCUUCUGCUGUAGUAGGCAGGUGACCAGCCUCUCUUUAACGGGAAGCCGCUUAAGCAAGGUGCAUACGGUUCCCAAUGCACAUUAUAUCAUUUCCGUGUGGUCAAGGAGGAUGGUCUCUGCUGGAGCCACUCCAG